AUGACAGUUAACCCAGAUUUCUACCCACAUAUUAUUGUUAAAGGUGAUCCUUUCCAAAGAGGUUUAUCACAUGGUCAACAGUUGAAGUAUAAGAUUCAACAGUUAGCUAACCAUUAUUUGACUGAAGCUGAUAUCCCAAAAUGGUCGUUUUGUGAACAUAUAAUUCAAAACUAUUACAUGCCAGCUUUGGAAAAAUAUGAUCCUACAGCUUAUGAUGAAAUCAAAGGUAUUGCAGAAGGUAGUGAAUUGCCAAUUGAACAGAUCUUUUUGAUUAACGCAAGAUAUGAUUUAACCAAAUAUAAGAACAACAAGGAAGAUCUUUACAAGAUGAAAGAUGAUUCAGAAUGUACUGCUGCUACAAUCAUUGAUGAAACUGGUGUUAAAAUUGCUCAAAACUGGGAUUUAGAUGCUUAUGUUUUCGAUCAUGAUUUAUGUGUCAUUUUAGAAGCACACACUGAAGAUUAUGAAAACUUGCCAAAAACCAUUAUCACACUUGGUGAAGUUGGCCAAUUAGGUAGAUCAGGUAUGAAUUCCAAAGGUUUGGGUUUAUGUGCAAACUCAUUGAAUUCAAAUAUUGAUUCUUUUGACUUCCCUAAACCAGGCCCAACCUUAGAACAUCCAGCUGUAAUUCCAAUUAGUUUUGCCAGAAGAAAAUAUUUAAGUUGUCAUAACUAUGCUAAUGGUUUAAAAUAUAUUGUUGGUGCUCCAAGACACGUUGGUGGUAAUGUUAUGGUUGCAACUAAAGAACGUGAAGCUAUUGAUUUUGAAUUGAUUCCUCAAAGUUAUUUUACAAUUUAUCCAACAUUUGUUGAUGAAGAAGGUCGUGAAUGUUUACCUCAUUCUAAUGGUCGUGCUGUUCUAGUCCAUUCAAAUCAUUUUGUUUCUUCAGGUUACUCACCAGCAGCUGGUGUUCUUUACUGCCGUAACCCAGGUGGCUCCUCAUUGUACCGUCACAGAAGAAUUUUGACCAGAAUAGUUGAUGCUUUCAGAGAAACCCCAAGAGGUAAAGGAAUUUCAACUAAUGCUGUAAAAGAAUCAUUUUCAGAUAGAGCUUGUGCUCCUUGCGCAUUAUCAGAAUCAAAAAAUGCAAGAUCCGAGCCUGCAAAUGAUGAAGUUUUGGUGACUGUUGCAAGUGUUGUCUAUGAUUUGACAAAAGGUGUCAUGACUGUUUGUAAAGGUCCACCACAUGUUGGUAAAUGGAAAGAGUACAAAAUUAAUUUAGAGUGA